AUGCCGAAACGAGGCUACAAUCCAUCGGCCAGUGAGGAGGACAAAAUUCCCAUUGUUGAGAAGCUUUACAGAGAGAAUCAAGAGUCCGAUUUCGUUGGUGGCGGUUUUUGUGACGAUGACGAUGAAGUGCAGGAGAGAAGAGAGCAGAUCUCAGAGAUGAGACAGAAACGCGCCGACGCAAUCCACAGCUCCAUGAAGGCGCCCGAUAAUUGUGAGAAAUGUGAUAAGUUAUUGAUGGACAGUUGGCUAUGGGAACGAUAUAAUUGUGCAGUUUGUGAUGCGUGUCGAGAUGAUAAAGGAGAACAUAAACUACUGGCAAGAACUGAAGUCAAAACGACAUAUUUGCUGAAAGACUGCGAUUUAGACCUCCGAAAACCGCCGCUCCGUUAUUGGGCGAAGAAGAAUCCACAUAAUCCCAGAUACGGAGAUAUGAAGUUGUAUUUGAAGUGUCAGAUCGAAAAACGAGUGAUCGAAGUGCACGGUAGUUUCGAAGAUCUUGAGAUGAAGAAGGAGCUCCGCGAGCAAACGAAAGAAGUUCGUUCGGAGAAAAGAUUCGAUAAAAAACUCAAAGAUCUCCGUCAACAAAUUCGAGGAAACGCCGGAAUGCGAGUGGAUUUCGGUAGAGCGCACAUUCAUGAAUUCGGAAAAGAGACGUGUGUGAAGGAGGACACGUGGAAGAGGACAUGUACGACUUGUGACUAUGAGGAGGUCUUCGAGAAACUAUAA